UGACCUUGUAGUAGAUUUUAGCAGGGCUAAACUCAUUUCUAAGGGAACUAUUUUUACUUGUCUCAAACCAAAAGGUUAGAAAUGUUUUAUUUAAGAUUUCAGAUACUAAAUUGAAUAUUUAAUUUAAGCAACAACACUCUGUAUAUGAUUGCUCGUGAUAAAAUACAAAAAUCAAAGUAAAAACUUUAUAUUAGUAAAUAUUGACUUACCCUGUAUAAUUUCACGAGUACAAGUCUAUUAACAACGUUUUGUUUUACGAAAAGUUAGGUUAUAAUUUUAAUUGCGUGUAACAUAGUUAAAAAAACGUGAAUAUUUACAAUUUCAGAAUCUAUUAUUUUAUCAAAAUGUUUGAUGAAAAAUUAUUUACAAUUUAUAAUAAGCAAUGUUAAUAUCACCCAACAAAAAUUCGAUAAACUUCUUUUCGUUACGUCUGAAUCCAAAUUAGGAGUUAUUUUGGACACUGAUUGUGAAAAUUGGAAUGUAAUUAUAAAUAAGAAUGUCGAUAAAAAAUAUUUUUACGAAACUUAUCAUUGGCUAAUAACCGCCAGAUUCAAAAAUAUAACAGAUCAAUUGAUUCAACUAAAAUUAAAUAUUAAUUCCGAUAUGCAAAUGGUGUCGUUAGAUUCGUAUAACGAAAAAAAUAAAUCGUUUACCGUAUUUGACAUUUACAAUUCCGCUUCCGAACAUGGAGGCGAAAUAAAAGUGGAAGAAAUCGGUGUUUAUAAAAAAGAAGAAGAAAUGUCGUAUAAUAUUACAGGUUUACAAAAUAAAUAUUGGAGAAGAAGGAAUAUGACAGGCGUUAGAUUUAAAUCGGCCAUUGUGAUACCACAACUGACUACUUCGUUAGAUAAUUAUCUUGCAAGUGAUGAAGAUAGGAAAGUGGAUUCCAUGCACCGAUUCCAAGCCGUCACCGUUCAACAUUGUCGACAAUUUUUCAAUUUCAGUUUAUCGAUUGAACGAACAAAUUCUUGGGGAUACAUUCAAGCUGACGGUAAAUUCGAUGGGCUGGUUAGUCUAUUAGAAAAAAGGCUGAUCGAUUUUGGUAGUUCUCCGUUGUUAUUUAAAUUAGAUAGGAUGCCUUACGUAGAUUACGGAUACGGAAAUUGGAUAUUAAGAUCUUGUUUUAUCUAUCAAAAACCAAAAGUGACUGCAACGUCUUACGAAAUAUUUUUGAGACCGUUAGAGACGAAUGUAUGGAUAUUUAUUUUCGUAAUUUUCUGCGUAGUAUUAUUUUUAAUGAAAAUCGUUUUUUCGAGUGAAGUUUUAUUAUUACAUAACAAACGUCAAGGUUUAACAGACAAUUCUUGGAGUUUUCUCGUCCUUUUCGCCAUGGGAGCAUUUUGCAUGCAAGGUGCUACAUGCAAUCCAUAUUUAAUCAGCAGUCGUAUACUUUCAAUAUUCUUAUUCAUGUUUUGCAUCUUGAUUUAUCAAUUUUACUCGGCCAGUAUCGUUUCGUAUUUGUUAUUGGACCCUCCAAGAACAAUAUUCAACAUAAAAGAUUUAUCAGAUAGUUCGCUGAACGUUGGCGUCGAAGACAUACUCAUCGAUAGGAAUUAUUUCAUACAAACAACAGAUCCGGACGCCGUCGAAUUGUUCGAAUCGAAAAUAAAAUAUAGCAACAAUAAUUCGGGAUUUUAUUCCCCUAUGGAGGGUUUGAGAUUGGUUAGGGAAGGAGGUUUUGCUUUUCACGUAGAAACCAGCACGGCGUAUCCGAUAAUUGAGGAAACGUUUUCGAAUCAGGAAAUAUGCGAGCUGGAAGAAGUGCAGAUGUACCGAACUCAGCCGAUGCAUACGAAUUUACAGAAAAAUUCACCUUUCCGGGAAAUGAUGAAUUACUGCAUGUUCAAACAAGCAGAAAACGGUAAUAUGGACCGAUUGAGAAAACAUUGGGAUGCGCGACGGCCGAUGUGCAUCGAGGGUGCCAGAAAAAAAGUAUUAAACGUCAGUUUUAAGGAAUUUUCUUGCGGCCCCCUCGCGGUAGCUUGCGGUAUUUCAAUCGGAACGAUUUUCUUAAUUUACGAAUAUCUUUUGUAUAACAAACAGCGAAUUAUGAUAAAUCUCAAAUCGAUGUUGAAUUUAACACGUAAAAUCAUAACGUACCCGUUCUGUGGAUGGGAUAGGUAUUUUAACGUUAAAAUACAUUGGUUGAUAACAACAACGAAUAAAAAUUUUUCUAACACGUUUAAAAACAUCGAGUUAUAUAUAGACGCCGACAUCAACUUGUUGUAUCCCACCAAAUACAAUAAUUUUUUCGUAGUAGAUGUUUAUAAUCCCGCAUCUACGAAAGGAGGGGGCUUAAAAACACUAAAUUUGGGAAAAUAUAACAAUACCUCAGGUUUCCGUAUGAAAAAAGAAAAAUAUAAAUACUGGUGGAGGAAAAAUAUGACGGGAGUUGUAUUAAGAACCAUUGUAGUGUUACCAGUAGACUUUAAUGGAAGUUUGAUUGAUUAUUUACAUGACAAAAAACAUCCGGAAGUAAAUACUUUCAAUAGAUUUCAUUAUGAGGUGAUCAGUUCAUGCGUCAAUUAUUACAAUUUCACGUCAUUGGUGUCAAGGUCAAAAUCAUGGGGUUAUUUAAAAAAUGAUGGUACUUUCGACGGUAUGGCCGGUGAAUUAGAGCGAAAAACUAUAGAUUACGGGAGCUCACCUCUAUUUUAUCGAGAAAGGAGAUCUAAAAUUUUAGAUUACGGUCGACAAACGUGGACUUUGAGGGCUGCUUUUAUAUUCAGAGACCAGAAAACUGUUAAAUCGGUGGAUGUAUUUUUGAAACCUUUCUCUAUGUCCGUAUGGCUCUGUCUAUUUUUCCUUGUUCUAAUCGCUAUUCUAUUUUUAAAAUGUAUUAAUAUGUUAGAAAAACAUAAUAAACAACAGGCAGAAUAUAAUUGGAGCUAUUUGUUAUUGAAUACCUUAGCAGUAUUUUGUCAACAAGGUAUUCAUGGUAUACCACUUUUUAUUUCUGGACGAAUUACAUUUUUUUUCAUGUUUAUAUGUUCUCUACUGAUUUUUCAGUUCUACUCCGCUAGUAUUGUUUCUAGUUUAUUAACAAAACCUAACACAGAAAUAAAAUCUAUCGAAGAUAUUCUUCGUUCUGAAUUAAAAGUGGGGUGCGAAGAUACCCUAUACACCAAAGAUUAUUUACGAUAUACCACAAAUAAACCAACAAGAGAUUUGUAUUUGACAAAAAUAAUGGGGAAAGGAAAUUCUUCAAAUUUUUUGAGCGCACAAAAUGGUCUCGAUUUAGUAGAAGAUGGUGGAUACGCUUUUCACGUCGAACUUGCCACUGCUUAUCCUAUUAUCACUAAAACAUUUCCCGAUCAAAUAAUAAAUGAAUUGCGAGAAGUACAAAUGUACAUGUCGCAACCAAUGUAUUUUUGUUUACAGAAAGAUUCUCCUUUAAAAGAUAUGUUCAAUACUUGCCUACAAAGAUUAGCGGAAUAUGGAAUUUUGAACAGAGAAUUACGUUUUUGGCACCCGAAAAAACCAGAAGGUACUCAUUCGACGUUUACGCUAACUAGUCUUAGCUUAGAAUACUUUUAUCCAAUAUUAGCGAUGUUGUUUAUAGGAAUUAUUUUAAGCUUGAUUAUAUUAAUAAUUGAAAUUAGUUUGUAUUUUAGACGUAGAAUGAUAGACACAGUGGUACCAACUUUUCAGUUUGUUCAUUAAAUUGUUUCAUGUCAAUAAAUAAUU